CUUUCUUGAAAACUUUGCAGAACUAUCUUUAUGCAUAUGCUUAUGUCUGAAACGGAUCUGACAAAAAUGUUUUUCUCUUUCUGUUUUGUUAACAUAAGGCAAAAGCUUGUGUAUCUUUGCACACAUAUAUAAAGAUGAGACUAGGCACAGGCCUAAUCCAAAAAGACUUCAUAGCAAAGCAAACAUCUUUUCUCUUUUAUUUUUUUCUUACUUAGUCACUUGCAUGUAAAAUACAGUCAGCUUCUUCCCCCCAAUUUUCUCAAGAGAAUCUCAAAGCUUUUGUCCUCCUUUCUUAAUCACAUCUUCUUCACACCAUUAUGUACUUAUAAACCCAAGAAAGAAGAAGAGAAAAAAAAACACACAAACCCAAUCUCAAGCUCUGAUGGCGCAACAGAGUUACUUCUUCUUGUUUCUUUCUCUUGUCUCACUCUCUUCCUCAUCAACUACAACUCAUGAUGUCUUAAACCCACCAAUGGUCUUCCCUACAAACCCUACAACCACACCACCUGUUACUACAUUCCCUCCCGUGACCAUAACGCCAACAAACCCUGCCACAACAGUUCCUCUUACACCUCCAGUCACAACAGUCCCUGCAACACUCACACCACCUGUGACCAACCCAGUGACUCAGUACCCUCCAACACAACCCUCAGGAACGGUUCCUGUGAUUCCAUCAAACUCUCCUUCGGUUUCAGGUCAAAGCUGGUGCGUGGCAAAGCCUGGAGCCUCUCAAACCUCACUCCAACUGGCUCUUGACUAUGCCUGCGGGUUAGGUGGAGCGGAUUGCUCUCAGAUACAGCAAGGAGGCAACUGUUAUUCGCCUAUCAGUCUUCAGAACCAUGCCUCAUUUGCCUUCAACAGCUAUUACCAGAAGAACCCUUCUCCUCAAAGCUGCGAUUUUGGCGGUGCAGCCUCACUUGUUAGCACCAACCCAAGCACUGGUUCUUGUAUUUACCAAACAGGCUCAUCAACAUCAACCUCAACGCCAACUCCAUCAACACAAACGGUGAACCAGCCUCCUGUUACAUCGACACCUAUAAUACCAACAGGAGGCGGGAUAAUCGGGGUUGGAACUCCACCAGCAGUUUUUAACCCGGCGAACCCUUCAUCAAACACUCUAAACAAUCCAUUAUCAGGAGGUCCCGCGGUCUACGGGUUUGAUGGUUCACCUAGUGGGAACAAUCCGACGUUAUCAGACUCUACCAACUUGCAGCUUCACUUUGGUCACACUAUGGUGGUAACAUUGUUUCUUCACGCAGUGCUAUUUCAUUAGAAAGUAGAAUUUAUAUAGGAGUCAGAAUUAGUUUAAUGAGAUAGUGUUCCACAAGCUCAAGCUCAUUUAGUGUAACGUACCAAGAAGAAGCUAGGAAUGUUAAGACAUUAUAAAUUUGUUUUGUUCAACGCUCAUGUCUCGGUUUUGUACAGAAAACUCCGGUUGUUUCCUUCUCUCUUUAGGACCAAAGCAGAAACUCAGACAUUGUAACAAAGAGGUGUUCUAUCUA